CCCGGGAUGAGAAAGUUCUCCCCGUAUGUAUCGUUAAAUAUCGCCUCAACUCCAUCUGCGAGCUCACUGUUCUGGUGGAGGGAGAGACUUGCUGUCAGUGUUGUGUUAGUGGGGAUGAAGUGAAGGAGAGGGCGACGUAGGGGAGUUUGUGUUGAGGGAAAGACAAUGAGGGACACUUGGGUGAUGUGGUGGGUGUUGACGGUGUGGGCAGCCCUAGCUGUGACCACGGCGGAGACAACUGCAGGUAUACGUAUGGGAAGACGAAACAAACCUAAGACUUCUUCCAGCGAGGACCUGGACACACGGCCUCGUCCCGUCAGGAGGAUAGUGAACCCCCCAGGUAUGAACGUCCCACGGAUCAAACGCAGAAACUUGCCAGAAGGCCCCGUGGUGCUGGUGGAGUCCAACGGCAACCGCCGGGCAUCGCUCGUCGAGGAGGACGGCAACGUACAGUACACAUCUCUCAACAAUAAGGGCGACGACACUUACGAGUUUGGGUACGACACUCGUGGCGGGAGAACAGGCGCGAGGUUCUUCAGACACGAGGAGAAAGGUACGGACGGUCGUGUACGCGGCCAGUAUGGCUUUGUGGACGCCAAUGACGACCUGCACGUGGUUCUCUACGUCACGGAUGCCCUAGGACACAGGAUCAGGACGGAGACGCACAAGAUCGAGGGUUACGGCAAGGAACUGUCUAAUAUCCUGGAGCAGGGGGCCUCAACCGCUGACGUCAAAGACCAGAUUAAUAUGAUCCUAAGAGAACAGUCAUCGUCCAGCCCAUCUCCUGAGCUCAGUACGACUUCCUCGACCCUUGACAUCACCUACCCGACGUUCGAUACGACACCACAACUCCUGACCACGACCCAGAGCUACCGGCGGACGACCCGUGGGACUCCUCUAUCAACGGAGCCUUACUUCUCUGACGAUGACGAGGAGCCUUCACUACCCAACCAGCGACGCUCCCCGACAAGAUCCAGAGCCAAGACCCUUUCACAGGACGGCCUCGCGCCUUCCUCCACCCUUUCAUCGAGUACGUCACAGGGGGUUGAAGAAGGAUCCACGCCCGCCUUCCCUCUCAGUUUCGAGGAUUUGGAUGGACCCCUUCCCAAAUCAUUGCUCUCUCCGGGUAAUGAGAAGCAGAUCUUCGCCCCAGCCCCGGUCGCCACUCGCCCUCCCGCCAUAUUCCCGGACUCAGACUCUAGUGUAUUCCAGCCCACUCCUUCCCCGGACCAGUUCGACAGCAGUUUCCUUCCUCCACCCACCUUCCCUAUGUCGCAUGAUUCCGGGUACUCCACCAGGACACCUUCCGUCAACCACAUAACGACCUCAUCCCCUAACUAUCUUUCACCCACGCGGACUUCAACCUUCCACACAUUCUCCUCAUCUGGGUACAUGCCGACCAACAGCCGCCCCAACAGUCACUUCCAGGGCGGGCGACCUCUGACACGGCCCACUGGACGUCCCUCUCCCACUUCCCUCCCACUCUCCCUCACCAUCCCCCUGACGGACUCGCUCUCAGAUGAGGAGUACCAGGAGCUGCGGGACUACCUUAGGAGGAUCCUGAGUAGUGGGAGGACACCGCUGGGAGACACCGUGUUGCAGAAAUUGGAUGUGAAGGACAUGGUAGCCGCAGUGAACGGGGCCGCUUUUGGGUCGUUUGGUAUGAUGAGUGAGGACGGCGGGAAGGGUCUAGCUAUGUUCCUUGAUCGGAGUGUGAUUGACGGUGGUGUGUUCAAUGGUGAUACCAUUAACGGAGGAAUCAUCGGGAACAGUGGUGGUAAUAGUGGUAAAGACCUCGACAUUGGUUUUAUAGACGGGGGAUCUGUUGACGGUGGGGUCAUAGGGGAAGAAGGACGUAACAGAGGCAAGACCUUCGGUGGCAUCACCAUCAAUGGCGGGACCACUGAUGUAGAAGACAUUGAUGAUAGUGGACUGAAUGGUGGCAAAAACCUUGAGGGUGAUAUUAUUGAUGGCGGCACAAUAGAUCUGGGGAUCAUCAACUUGGAUGUUCUCAGUAGCAGUGAGCUGGAGCACGUCUUUCUUAAUAGUGGUAAGAGUCUAAAUCGUGCCCAAAACAGUGACUCUGUGAGCGGUGGCACCUCCAACAGUGACUCUGUGAACAGUGACAACACCAACAGUGACUUUGUGAACGAUGGAACCUCCAACAGUGACUCUGUGAACAGUGGCACCUUUGACAAUGAAGCAGUUUCUGGGAGAAACCUUGGGUCAGAUGACACCAGCACGAAUGACUUUUCCCAGCCUCGGGUUAACAACCAGUGGCCCAACACCGCUCGAGAACCUUCCUUGAUCGAUCAGCUGAUCAGGCUUCACAAGCCCAACUACCCGCAGGACCUUGAUCAACAGAACCCUUUCGACAGAAUCGCCAAUACUGCCACUGGAGAAAAUAGGACACCUGAGGCCAUUCACUACAUCCCGUCCCCCGAUCUAUCCACAGACAGACCCACUCAAGGCGACCACAUCCUCUCCACGUCUUCCCUCAAUAAUUUCAACCCAAUAAGAAAAAUACCCGGCAGUAUUAACCAGGGAAGUAACAACCGUGCCACGCCAUCCAGGAAAAUUAAUGGCAAUACUAAUACUGGUGACAAUGAUGCUUCCAAUACGUCGGACCAAACUGAUAUCGACAUUAGGGACAAUUUUGACGGUAGUGGCCAAGGUGGUAAUAACCUUUUCUUCCAGGAUGGCUUUCUUCCCUCAACGUCAUCUCAAAAGGAUUUAAAUUCAGCACAAGACUCUGGUAAUGGUGGCCAAGAUGACAACACCCCGUCUCAGGUUGAUGGUGCUUCAGGGAAAACCUUUGAUAAUUACAAUCAAGGUGACAACUCUCCUGCAACAUCGUCCCAGGGUGAUGCCAACUCUGGGAAAGCUAUUACUAGCGAUGUUGAUCAAGACAACACAUCUGAUGCAUCGCCACGAACUAUUGACAGACCAAGAGCACCCCCUCGCGACGCCUCUAUUCAAGGUAAAUCUGCUUCUUCGACGUCGUUUCAGAAUGAUAACAACACGGCACAGAACAUCAGUAACAACCCCAGCCAAGACAACAACAACGUACUUGAUACAUCGUCUGGCAGGACACUCACGACCAGCCCGGACGUCACUGUAGCUGUAGAUCCCACGUCUCCUGCACUACAGCCGGACAUUAACACACGUAGAGGAACACCUCGUAGGACUCGCCCACCUUCCAUCAACCUGGUGAGGCAGAUCAAUUCAAACCAAGACAUCACGUCCAACUUACAAGCGCGACCAGUAGCAGUGUCGUCACUGUCUCCCAACCGCUCACCUGUGUUUAUCAACUCUACCGUGUACGUCACCACCACUGCCCUCCCUAAGGUGUUCGGCUUCUUGAACCAUCGCCCACGUAUACACCGACAACAAGGGGCUACAAAUCAUCCAUUUCCACCGCCUAUACCGAGAAACCUUCCAGCAUCUCCCCCACACGGAGGCCAGGAACAUCAAACGGAUCACGACGAAGAUCAAACCAGUGUAGUGAUCAGCCGGGAGGGCCACGACCUAGCCAUCACCACCGACAGCGUCCACACCGGCCAAGAGGGGGGCAUAGGAUUGUUCAGUCUGGGAAAUAGUGGCCACCUGCCUCUCUCGACGUCCUCACCUGGCCAGUCAACGUAUGCCACACUGGGGCCUGAGGUAACGACAGUUGGGCCCGCGUCCUCUCACAGUCCUGAUCCAUCACAACCACUCCAUGCUGCUGCGCCUCAUGGGUCAUCCCUACCACCAAUACACAUUUCAACAUUUCCACCUCCCCAUAUUUCAGCGUCACCUCCACCCCAUGGUCAAGUAUCAUUCAGUUCUCAUAUUACAACCUCACAGCCACUUUAUAUUACAACCCCAGCACCUGCCCACGGGUCUAACCUGGCCCCGCCCCACGGCUCAACAACACCGUCGUUUCAUCCUUUCGGCUCCACGCCAGGAUCUCUACACUUUCCCCCACACGAGUUGCUUCACAUUCCUGCCGGCGGUCCGCUAGCUCAAGGUGCCUUUCCAGGUCCUCCUCACAGGUUUAAUAUAGGUCCCCAACACCCACCCACCCACGCCCCUCAGUUCGAUCUCUCACACAGCAACUCGCCGGAGAACAUCCCACCAGUCCUGCACCACGGCCCGCCCCUCAUACCUCAGCACAACACCCUCAGUUUCUCUCCCGGACGCCUCUCCUACCAGCAGGUCAAAUUCCACAAUCACCAAGUACAGCACCGGGCAGGCAGAGACACCACCGACGUGCACACCUUCGUCAGUGGAAGUAACAGCCGCCGCCGGUGAAAGAACCUCCUGGUGGUACUGGCGUGUAAACAAACUGCAAUAACUUAUCCCCCCCCCCUUGUGUUUAGAUUUAACGGUUUACCGCCUUUAUGCACUGUGAGGCAAGGCAGUAGUACUUAUAUUUAUGAUGUACAGUAGUGUGGUAGUGUGUUUUGAAGUCACUUAUGUAGAUACAGUGUAGCCUCGAAGGAUGCACUAUACUCAACUCUCAAUAGAAUUCAAACUUUAAGGGGUCAUAUCAGAGGUUCAAAAGUGACAUGAUAAACACACACACACACACACACACACACACACACACACACACACACACACACACACACAUACACACACACACACACACACACACUAACGUCCCAACUCUGAGCCACUGAUAUGACUCCCUUAAUAAAAAGAGUUCUACAUCAGGACUAACAGGGUAAAUAACAACAAAGGCGUGAAGAAUAACGUUUCUUCCGCUAGAUUAUUUAGUAAAUAUUUAAAAGUAGUUGUCUCCAUUUUUUUACGACUCAAUCUUAAAUUUAACUCAAGAGGUUGAAAAUAAAGGUUUAAAUUGAAAUGGCGUAAUGGAGGAGUGGCGUAAAGGUUAAUCUACAGUAGCAGCCGAUGCAACCCUAGACAAAAUAUAGCUUCUAAAAUGUGUAUGUAUGUGUGUGUGUGUGUGUGUGUCUCAAAGUUGGUUGGCAAUAGCUACUUUUCUUGGGCUGAAAAACGACACAAAAAAGAAUUAUGAUAUAGUGAGGGGGAGGCCAAGGCGUGUAGGCUACUGAUGUAGGUCCUCCUAACAUUACUCGCGAUAUUCUGGCCAUUAUGCAUCUCCUAUACUUAUUCUUCGUUCUGAUUCUCAAAACUUACCCUACCAUAAAAAUAUUCCUCGUUUCUAAAGAUGUAAGAAUGCAGCUAACCGAUUAAUUAUACAAAACACGAUAACAUUAAAAACUAUCGUCGAAAUUACACUGAGACUCAACCGUAACCAAAUACGUUAGCAUUAGUAAUGAGACAGUUAACGUACGGUAUCCCUAAAAGUUAAAGUUUUCGAUGAUUUUAUUUUCUGUUACGUGAAGCUAUUUAUUUAAGUAUAUUUUUAAUGCUACCUUUGAACGUCUUUUUUUUGUGUUUUAACUAAAGUCAACCAUUUAAGUAAUCUUACAUUUUCAAAUACGAUGAUCUUUAUGAAUGGCAAAAAUUUCAGAAGUUACAGAUAUUCCAAAAACCCUCCGAAUAGCUAUAAACCUCUUGAAUUGGCGUCCUGUAAAUAUUUCUAUCACUUAUUAAACAUGGCAGCUAUUCUUGUGUUGAUACCGGCAACUGGUCACGUUAUUGUACAGCAGCAGGACAUCAUACAAGCAUUACGUACAGUUGCCACCAUUUAUAACUACUACAGUGACUGGCAUGUUUGACAAGAUGUGGCACCACUGUUUGUUUACAUCGUAUUAACACUGACAGAAAGGGCAGAAUUACCCUCACUAUAGUAACCAGACCACGAGUGUUAAAUAAGCAGUCUCCCUUCUCUCUGUGAAUGCGUGUAUUUCCUGCAUGGUUAUAGUUUUAAUAAUUAUAAAUUACCAAGUAGAACGUCAUUGUUGUCUGGUGGGCGGUGGUGCCACAUCUUAUAAAACACGCGCGCCACUGGACCCGUUAUAAAUGGAGGCAACUGUACCUCUCCCGGGAUCGGCAGUUAGCUGUUCCAAGCAGUUAAUUUUCAGAUUCCGCGGUGAAAGUUAAGUGAAAGUUGCCUUCAUCUCCCUUAUCAUUAACCACACCUUCCACCUCUAACCACCACCCUUCCCCGUCUUUCGUCUCUCCCCUUCCCUCGCAAAUUGGAAAAUAAUUCAAUUAGAUUACAUUUACCUGCCAUUAAACUCCGGGGAAAAAAUCUUUACACGACAAUUACGGUAAAUAUUUGGAAAACAAAAGAUAAAAAUCACCUUAGGGGGGUCUGGCUGUCCGGGUGAAGACGGUAACCUCAUAGCUCCUGCAAAAUAAUAAUAAUAAUAAUAAUAAUAAUAAUAAUAAUAAUAAUAAUAAUAAUAAUAAUAAUAAUAAUAAUAAUAAUAAUAAGAGUUAACACCGUGUAGAACGCAAGUGUGUGAGUGUUUUUGAGUGCGCCUUUUAAGUGACUUGUCUUUCAGUGUGUUCUUUAAGUGCUUCCAAGCGAGUCCGACGAGUGUGUCUGAGACCAGUAUGUCUGUGUUCAAUUUGAGUGUGUUACCAUGAUUACAGGUUAAUUCACAAUUGUGGGUAAUCUAUUAAAUUUAUCAAUCUUAAUUUCAGAUAUAAAAUUAAUUCACAAUUGCAAUGUCACUCGAUGUACAGGUAUUAAUCUUACUUGUAGAGGCAGGUAAAAAAUAAUAUUCACAAUGGUAAUAAUCUAUUCAAUUCUCGACUUAAAAACACAAAUAAAAUAUAAUAAAAUAAUUAAACCUAUUUUUUUUUUUUUUUACUGUGAAGCGAACGGAAAGUUGAACUAUCAUAAAAAUAACAUAUUUAUAAAGUACUACACUGUAUAUAUAAAACCCUUACAACAGUUCGUUAAGGAAUUUUGAGAACAUUUAGAAUAUGUUAUCAAAAGAAAUCAAGAGUUAAAAUGUGAAAUAAACAGUGAACAAAGGUAACUUACCUUCUUUCAACCGCCUGAUACGCCUGGAACAUAUUUCCCGCAGUUUUUGCUGAAAAAGUUAUAAAAUUUGGUAGUGAAACUUUUAAAAUUACAGGUAUUUAUAUACCUAAAUCAUCUAUUUAAAUCAGAGGAUAACGUUACACGACAAUCGGGGUUACCCACAAUACCCUACCUAACCUGAACUUAACCACGAGGACGAUAAACUUGUCAAGUUACUGGACAUGCAAAAAUCAAUAACUUAAAAUAUUUCAAACAAGUUCUUAAUGUCACUAGGUUCGUACUUUGAAAUAUUUUUACGUUAAAUAUUCCACUAACUAGGGAGAUACGUGAACACAUCUUAAUGGAUUAUGUUCAGCUUGGAUGCAAAGAACUGAGACUCUACCAUAACUAGCCGUGUUCUCCCCGUCCCAGUUCAGUAGUACAGAUUUAACGUGGGAAUCUUUGAGUCUAAAGCCUAGUCUCACUCUGGUUCUUGUCGCUCCGUGGAAGGUGGGAAAUGUCGUUGGUUACAAGAUAAACUUUCUAUCUAAUCUAAAACGAACAAAAUUAGGAAACUACAUACUUGCCACAUUACUAAAUUAUGUGGUUUAAUGAACAACACUAGUCUUUGAAGCGUAACAUUGAGUAAGCCGCGAUGUUUAUGUGUUACUCUAGUAAAUAAACACCUGUAAUAACACACAUGUCUAACUCUAUUCUGUGGUAAAGUGUAUAGCUGUCCUGAGUCCAUGUGUGCAUUCGACUGUGUAUGUGCAUAUGCAUGUGUGUGUGUGUGUGUGUGCGUGUACCUGGCAACUUUCCCACACCCACCAGAACAGCUGCUAUAACUUUCCUGUUAUGUUGUUAUAAUGUAUUAAAACAACUAUUACAAUUAAAAAAAAUACAUUGGAAAAAUAAAUGCAAUGUUUUUACUACUAGCAACUGAACAUAACAAAAUAUCUAAUAAAGAAGUAUAAAUUAUAUAAAAGUGCUUAUCAUACCUAUUACAACAAGGAAAGGGCUUUUGGUCAUGUAGAUAACAAAUGUGUACUGUAUAUAUCCGCCAUAAUCAAAUUUUUAUGAGUGUUCUGCAUGAGCUUCAAGUGAAAGUAGAUUAUGUACAAUGUAACACAGCAGAUGUUUUGUAUAUAUAUUUGUCCUAGAUUAGUGGUAACUAUCUUGGUAAUUAUAUUACUUUCUACUGCACUGUACAACUGGUAGGGCUGAAUUAACGAUAGUAGUCAAUAAAAUAACACUGAUAAA